AUGUUAAUCAAACUGAAUCGCUGCCAAUCGGGGCCUCGAGCUUGCCUAUUUGAGGGCCUUGGGGUCGAGUCUGAAGCUCGGCUGGGAGCUAUCGAAGAUUUGCCUCCAAACUUCUUUAGCAAGGAGUUUGUAUUCUCAUUAGCUAGGGCAGUAGGAAGGCCAUUACAUGUGGACUUGCCUACUCAAAAUGGUACACGUUCCAAUUGUGCUAAGGUGAAGGUUGAGGUGAACUUGCUAUUUAAUUUACCUCAAAGAAUUAAAAUAGUUGAGGAAGAAGAUGAAUCUGGGCAUGAGGAAUCUAAGUGGAUCAAGAUUAGGUAUGACUAUAUGCCUAAGUAUUGUAAAUCAUGCAAGAAACAAGGUCAGAAAGAGGAGGAGUGCUGGGUGAUUAAUCCACAAUUGAGACCAUUUGAUGAGCAAGACAAUGACAAAGGGAAAAAGAAGGAGAUUAUUGGUACAACUGUAGCUUCUACUAAGCAACCUAAUGUUCCAACUGAAGGAGCUUCAGGAUCAUCUAAGGAAUGUAAUUCAAGUGGAAAAUCAGUGGAAGAUGAUUUAGCCAAUACACAGGCCAAUGCAACAGUAAAUCCUAGGGGAACUAUUGGGGUUUUUACCACUGUGGAGGAUGUUUCGGUAGAGAUUUCAGGUGAUGUCCAAUUGGAUAAUGUUCCUACAAAGGUCCUAAAGGAUACAAUUCUUCAACAAUGCUUAGGAAAUGGAGAUCAAUGUGAAAUGGUGAUGAAGGAGAACAAGGUAGAUCAACAUGCUAUGGUGCCUUAUGUAGCAGAGAUUCAAGCAUCGGGUGAUCAGGAGCAAUUUCAAGAAGAAGGAGAUGAAGAAAUAACUACUGAAAAUGUUAAGGCAGUUGCAAGAGAUGCUGAUCUAUCACCUAGGGCUGAGAUAAGAGUGGAAAAAAGACAAGAAAGCAAGGCCAGAACAAAGACAAUCUUAAAGCUAAAAGAAUUUUACCUAGAAGGGCAGCCUCACAAAUCAAAUGAUGAUCAAGACACUGAUUUGGAACAUAAGAAGAAGGGGUACAUACAAAGAUAUAGAAUGAGGUUGAAUAUGGAAACUACCUAUGCAAAUAUUAAUGGGAAGAUUUGGCUAUUCUUUGAUACUGUGGUGGAAUGCUUUAGAGAGACUGGAAUUGUGAGAUCAUUUGUAUUAUUUGAUGAAAAGAUAGGAGGAUUGCCAGUACAUUCUCAUGAAUAUGAGGACUUUGCAUUUUGUGUAAACUCAUAUGAACUGUUUGAUCAAGGGUACAAAGGGAGUCCAUUUACAUGGUGGAAUGGGAGACCCAAUGCUGAGUGCAUAUUUAAGAGGUUGGAUAGGAUAUUUGUGAACAUGCAAUUUCAGAGCAUGUUGCCAACAAUAGAAGUGGAACACUUAAUCAGAACUGGAUCAGAUCAUGCACCAUUAUUGAUGACAUGUGGAGAACAAACCUCAAAUUUUAUCAAGCCAUUCAGAUUUUUGAAUUUUUGGACAGAACAUGCCACAUUUAUGGAGGUGGUGAGGCAGAAUUGGGAAGUUGUUUUCAUUGGAGAUCCAUUUCUCAUGUUUAAGAACAAGCUUAAGAAGGUGAAGAUAGCUUUGUCUAAAUGGAGUAAGGACACGUUUGGGGAUAUCUUCAAGCAAUUCGAUAUGUUGGAGGAGAUUGUUAAAGCGAAGGAGAAGUUGUCUAAGGAGGAACCUACAAUUGAGAACACAAUAGUACUCCAAAAACCACAAACAGAAUUGAAAAAGUAUUUUGAGUAUAGAAGAGCAAUACUGGAAGCAAAAAGCUGGAAUGACAUAGUUUGCGGAGGGUGA